AUGGAGGAACCUCAGAAACCAAAACUCACGCCGAACGAGUUGUUUCCGUUAUGGGGGAGUUCUAAGAAUCAACUCAAUCCGCUGCAAUCUCAUCGUAUCGUCGUUGAACGACAAUGGCAAGAAACAAUCGAUCCUCAAAAGCUUCUUCUUGGCAAAGUUAUUGGUCGUGGAUCUUUCGGUGUUGUUCAUAAAGGCUCCUACGAUGGCCAAACUGUAGCAGUGAAAGUUCUUGAUUUUGGUGAUACGAAGAUCACGGAAGCUUCAAUGGCUUUCCUUAAGGAAGAUUUCAUAAAAGAAGUUAAUGUAUGGCAAACUCUUGAUCAUCCAAACAUAACCAAGAUGAUCGGAGCAACCAUGUCCAUGACGAAAAAUUGCCGACAGAAGAACAAGAAAACGAAAACCGAAAGCAACUUCUGUAUUGUUUGCGAAUAUGUAAAAGGAGGCUCCCUCAGAUCUUAUUUAUUAAAGAAUCGAAACAAGAAGUUGCCCUUCAAAACUUUUAUUCGAUUUGCCCUUGAUAUUGCUAAAGGGUUGAGUUAUCUUCAUUCCAAAAAAGUAAUUCAUCGCGAUGUGAAGCCGGAGAACAUGCUUAUUGACAAACAACAUAUGACCAUAAAACAUACUGAUUUUGGAGAAUCGAUUUUUGAACCAUCAGAGCUUUUGUACACAACUGGUGAAAGGGGAACUCGCGGUUUUAUGGCUCCUGAGGUGGUAAGCAGAAAACCAUAUGGGCGGAAAUGUGACGUUUAUAGCUUUGGUAUAUGCUUGUGGGAGAUAUACAAUUGUGAUAUAGCGUAUACGUAUAAUCUAGACAAUCUCACACCAGAUAUAUACCAGGAAAUGAGACCAAGCAUACCAAUGGAUUGUCCAAGAUCCUUGGCUCAUUUGAUGGAGAGAUGUUGGGAUAAGGACCCUGGAAAGAGGCCGGAGAUGAAAGAGGUGGUGGUUCAGUUGGAAGCAAUUGAAAGAUAUGAAGGUUGUCAAAUGACGUCGGAAGAACUACAGUUAGGUGGCUGCUUUGGUUUCGGUUUAUUCAGGCUAGGAAGAAAUGUAUAUAGGACUCCUAAUCGAUGCACAGUUAGAAGAAAUUCAGAAAGAUCGUAG